CAUAGGAUUUUAUUGUAGAAAACAUUUUGUUAUUGUUUUGUCAACAUUGUGGAGGUCGUAAGCAUAUGUUACAGGAUGUAAAAAUCAUUUUGACUAAUCGCAUGAAUCCAUUGAAAGUCGUGUCUAUUUUCUUUUGAAGCCAUCCCCCUUUUUCUCUCCAGUUAUCACAGCGAGCAUAGACAGAAACGAAGAAAUGGUCAAAAGGAAGUCUUGUCGAAUAUAAUAAUGUCAUUUCCUCUGAAAAUGAAUAAAAAACAAAAGGUGAAAAGAGAGGUGGCACUUUCUCCUAGAACUGAUGGUAAUAUAUUCUCAUUGGAGCUACUGAAGUGAUUUAAAUAAAUUAAUACGGUUAACGGUAUGCAGUACACAUCUGUGAACGAGAGUAGUAACAAUCAGUCACUGCAGAUUAUCAUGGGGAAUACAAGUGCUAGUCCGCAGACGUCAGCUUUUCUACCCAAUAUAACAGACUUUUCUUCAAAGAAAAAUAAUACGGUUAUUAAUUCUGGAAUAAUGUUUGGGGCAGGGGUUUUUGGAAAUAUUUUAGCGCUUAUUGUUUUAAUUCGAUCCGGACCAGAACAAAAAAGGACUAUAUUUUACAGAUUAGUAGCUGGUCUUUGUGUCACAGACUUAUUAGGAACAACAUUGACAUCACCCGUUGUGAUAGCUGUUUAUGUGAAUAAUUUCCGAUGGAUGGGCGGAACAGCUAUGUGUAAUUAUUUCGGAUAUGUGAUGAUCAUGGCAGGGUAUGCCACAAUGUUGAUUGUAUGUAGCAUGUCUAUAGAACGGGUCGUUUGUAUAAAACAUCCACUUAUAUACAAUGCCAGGUCAUCUACAAAACAUGCUACAAUGAUUUUAAUAUUUUGUUGGGCCUUAGCAGCUUUCAUGGCCGCGCUACCGUUUAUGGGUUUUGGCAAUGUAGUGCUUCAGUACCCUAAGACGUGGUGUUUUUUCGACUAUUAUACGAAAGAACCGGUUGACAAGGCAUUCAAUUAUUUAUUUGCGAUAUUAGCAACUGUGAUUAUUUUUGUGACUGCUUGUUGUAAUUUAACUGUGAUGUGUACUCUAAUAAAAAGUCGCCGUCGCCAGUAUCUACUCGCCGCAGGAAACGGCAGAAGAAGAUAUUUUAGUCACUCUAAACGAUUCACUGAAUGUCAGAUGUUAGUACAAUUAGUAGGCAUAACUAUAGUGUUUAGUACUUGUUAUAUGCCUCUUAUGGCACGAGUCAUUAUAAACCAAACAGAACUGUUACCACGAAAUGUUCGAUUGGAUUUAAUCAUGAUUAGAUUCGCGUCACUCAAUCAAAUAUUAGACCCGUGGGUUUAUAUUCUAUUGCGGAGAGAAUUGUUAUGGAAAGUGAUAUCAGGCUUUAAAAUGUUGUGUCGUAUUAAACAAAACGAACCCGACAUUAUUCCACAGAGACCUAACUUUGACAUAGAUAAUGAUACGUGUUGUAUAUUUUGUUAUCAUUGUUUGUGUGACCCCCCAGUGAAACGUCCAAGAGCAGAAUCUACGUAUUUUUCAACAUAUGAAUCAGAGCAUCGCCGCUCAACUCUGACGCCAUCGACCCCAAAUGGCAUUCGAAGGGGCUCAUUAAGCGAAACGAAUAGAAACCUUUGUCUACUGGUGAACCAACCUCCAUACAGCAGGGUUAAUAACAAAUCACCAUCCUAACCCGAAACAACGUAUCGAACAUUUAAUAACGACGCCAUGACGAGUCUCGUGACGAGUACAUCCUACUGCUCAGUCGUCAAGUUUUGCCAGGAAGUUUAGAACAUGCACACAUGUUUUCUUUAUAAGAAACAAGAAUGUUUUGUAUUUAUUUAAUUUUUUUUUUAUUAAUUUUUAGCUAUGGUCUUUAAUUUGUAGACUACUAUAUGUUAUUCGGGUUCUUCACAGGGAAUAUGGGCCCAUAUCCCCUGUGAAGCCCGAUUAACAGUUAUAUUAUAUUAUACUGGAGUGUCCUGAUUUUAACAUUAUUUACCAUUCGUAUCUUCGUUUUUGUUAAAUGGGGAUAUGGAUUAAGAACCCUGUCAAGGUAACCAAUCAAAUUGCAGGAUUAGCCUGGAUAUCUGUCAAGGUAACCAAUCAAAUUGCAGGAUUAGCCUGGAUAUUUCACUCCAAUAUACUAUAACUACUUAUUUGGGGAAUUUACAAGUUAAAUUAUACAUGACAUACUUAUCGCAGUGAUUUGUUCAUGUUCAUAAAAAGAAAUUUUUCUUAUAAACAAAAUUAUCAACAAAAACAAAAAGAGGUGUAGUCAUUUCCCAUGUAACUGCUUCACAUAUAGUUUCAACACCGGAACAUUAAUAAAGGAUAGUGUCACGAGAGGAAAAUGAUUGACCUGUAGAAUUGUGUAACAAGAGCCUGACUGAAUGACCUCUUGUUAUUGAAACUGUGUGAUUCACCUGAUCACACAACGAACGGUUAUUCUUUAAAAUGACAAUGACAACUCUGGAUCUGAAACUCUGGUGCAAACUAAUACUUGAGACUCUGGAACACGCGAUGAAUAAUCCAAACUGAGAAUUUCACACAUCAAAACAUGUUGAUUAAAAGUUAUGGAUAUGAAAUGUAAAUAGAAACCAAAAUAUAAAAUAAAUUAUUAAACAUAAUGAAUUUAAGUCCAAAAUGUCAGAAUUGUGAAUUUUGAAUAAAAGAAGCAUAUUUUUG